UAAUCUAAUACGGCAGGCAUGAGCAAGCUACGCUUCUGGAUUUCCUCGGUCUCUGGAACAUUCACAGAAAGAUCUCAAAAUUUCUCUGUACUUGUUAUUCUCUCGUCUCCUCUCCCAAAUUUUAUUUCUUCAACGCAAAAGAAAGAAAGAAAGUUAAAGAAGCCUAAGCGUGGAAAGAUGGCGUCGUUUGAGGAAGCUCCGCCUGGAAAUGCAAAGGCAGGAGAGAAGAUAUUCAAGACCAAGUGUGCGCAGUGCCAUACCGUCGACAAAGGUGCCGGCCACAAGCAAGGACCCAACCUUAAUGGUCUGUUUGGAAGGCAGUCGGGUACAACUCCAGGCUACUCCUAUUCGGCUGCUAACAAGAACAUGGCUGUGAUUUGGGAGGAACACACUUUGUAUGAUUAUCUGCUCAACCCUAAGAAGUAUAUUCCUGGAACGAAAAUGGUGUUCCCCGGAUUGAAGAAGCCACAAGAUCGUGCCGACCUGAUUGCAUAUUUGAAGGAGUCUACGGCAUCCUAAAUGGGCUUCUAGCAGUAAUAUAUGCAGUUUCCAUUUUGCAGUCAUUGGAGAUUGUUUCAGUUUCAGAACACAAGAAUAAAUUAGACCUUUAUAAGGCUUAUUCAAUUAGAUUGGAACCGUAUUUGAUGAAUUCCUGGUGAAUUACCAGUCUGAGAAAGAUGAUUGUGUUUUCAGACUAUUUAAAGAUUGCACAUAUAAAUAAUAUUACAUCUAGAAUAUGAGCAGAGGCCAGCUGCCUCACCUUGUUAGAUGUUUUUGUUUGUCA